AUGUAUCUCGUAAGGUCUGCUCUUUUGUUUAUGUCCAUCGGGACCUCUUUUGGACUGGAGAAUCCCCAUGCAAAAGCAGCUAGGCCAAUUCAAAAGAGGAAUAUUCUUGCUGCCCGAACGACACAGGUUCGGGAUCAUGUGGAUCAUAAAUACUUGACUGAUAAAACCAAGAAGUUUUUGGUCCAUGAGAUUCCAGAGGUAGAUUUCCAGCUGGAAUCAUACGCCGGCCUUUUGCCCAAUACUCCUGCGGGCAAUUCCAGCCUUUUCUUCUGGUACUUUCCCUCCGAAAACCCCAAGGCCACGGAUGAGAUCACCAUCUGGCUGAAUGGUGGCCCUGGUUGUAGCUCGUUGGAUGGCCUGUUGCAGGAAAACGGCCCUUUCCUAUGGCAAUCUGGCACCUACAAGCCCAUUCGAAACCCUUACUCGUGGACAAAUCUGACGAAUGUGGUCUACGUGGACCAACCUGCGGGCACCGGUUUCUCUCCUGGUCCUUCAACGGUAAAUGACGAAGUUGACGUUGCCAACCAAUUUAAGAGCUGGUUCAAGAACUUCGUCGACACUUUCGAUCUGCACGGACGGAAGGUUUAUAUCACUGGUGAGAGUUAUGCUGGACAGUAUAUUCCGUAUAUUGCGUCAGGCAUGCUGGACGAGGAGGAUCCCGAGUAUUUAAACGUCAAGGGGAUCCAAAUUAACGAUCCCUCAAUCAAUGAAGACUCGGUCAUGAUCUACGCACCGGCCGUGAGACAUCUCAACCAUUACUUGAACGUCUUUGCCCUGAACGAUUCCUUCGUUCACAAUAUCAAUGACCGCGCCGAGAAAUGUGGUUACAACACAUUCCUGGACGAGGCUCUCACCUUCCCACCCCCUAAGACUUUCCCCACUGCCCCCGACCCGUCUCAGGGCGAUUGUGCAAUUUGGGACGACAUUGUUGAAGCGGCAUAUUACGUGAACCCCUGCUUCAACUUCUAUCAUUUGAUCGACUUUUGCCCGUAUCUCUGGGAUGAGAUGGGCUUCCCAUCCCUCGCCGGCGGGCCCAGCAAUUACUUCAACCGAUCCGAUGUGCAAAGAGCCAUCCACGUUCCUCGUACUAACUACGCUGUCUGCGGUGAAACCGAUAUUUUUGCCCACGGCGAUCAAUCGGUUCCUAGCGCGUUAGGCCCUCUCCCAAGUGUUAUCGAGCGUACUAACAACACCAUUAUCGGUCACGGUUGGCUCGACUUCCUGCUCUUCAUGAAUGGAUCCCUUGUUACGAUUCAGAACAUGACCUGGAACGGCGCCCAGGGCUUCCAGAAGCCCCCUGUCGAGCCGCUCUUCGUUCCCUAUCACUACGGUCUCGCUGAGCUUUCGGGAGGUACUCAGCCGACACCAUAUACCUUGGAUGCUGGUGCUGGAUACUUGGGCACCGCACACACCGAGCGAGGACUUACCUUCAGCACCGUGUAUUUUGCUGGUCAUGAAAUCCCUCAGUACACUCCAGGUGCCGCAUAUCGACAGCUAGAGUUCCUGCUUGGUCGCAUAGAUAGCUUGUCUGCAGAAGGAAGCUACACCGCUUAG